CUUGUUGAAAGUGAUUUGCGCGUGCAAAGGUUCGGAGUCUAGGGUGCUAGUGGUGGAUGUGAGUACUGGAUGGCGCAAGUGUCACAGGAAGUGGGAUUCUGCUUUUGCGUCCGUAAUCGACCUUCAAUAUAUAUCUUUCAUACGAUCCGAUGAACAAAGUUAUGAUCACCUCAUGUUACAAACUUCACAUCCAUCUUAGUACCAUUGACUUGGAAUAGUUGGACUGUAACAAGAAGCAUAUUGUAUAAAGUUCAUCCUUUGCAAUGAGUGACUAUGAGGAUGCCAUUGAGACGCUGGAGUAUUCAACACUAGGUUUGGUAGAAGGUCUCCGUCGGCGAUCUCUGUGGGAUCCAGAGAGGGAGUCACUGUCAUCAGAGAUCCCUGUGUUUCGUGAUGUAAAUGAUUUGUUGGAUGAUGAUGCCAGUGUACUGGCAGAAGAGGAUGAUGGUGUUGGAUGUCCUUUACCAAGUACUCCUGAAGAUGAACAUCUUUUGGAUUGUGAAAUUACAGAAGUAUUGAAAGCAGGUGUUUUGUCAGAUGAAAUAGAUCUGGGAGCUUUAGCACAUAAUGCUGCAGAGCAGGCUGAAGAGUUUGUACGCAAAGUAUGGGAGGCAUCGUGGAAAGUUUGUCACUUCCGGAACCUGCCUCGCUGGCUCCAGGACAACGACUACCUCCAUGCUGGACAUCGUCCUCCAUUACCAAGUUUCUAUGCUUGCUUUAAGAGUAUCUUCCGGAUUCAUACAGAAACUGGAAAUAUAUGGACACAUCUCCUUGGUUGUGUGGCUUUUAUUGGGGUGGCAACUUACUUCUUGACACGGCCGAGUAUUGAGAUACAACUACAAGAGAAACUAGUAUUUGCAGCAUUCUUUGCUGGUGCUAUUCUUUGUCUAGGUUUGUCCUUUGCCUUCCAUACAGUUCACUGUCAUUCAGAAUGUGUUGGCAAACUAUUCAGCAAACUGGAUUAUUGUGGCAUUGCAAUGCUCAUUAUGGGAUCAUUUGUUCCGUGGUUGUAUUAUGGAUUUUAUUGCCAUUUCCAGCCAAAGCUUAUCUACCUCAGUGUUGUCAUAUGUCUUGGAAUAUCUGCCAUAAUUGUCUCCCUAUGGGAUAGGUUCAGUGAGCCCAGGUAUCGACCGCUUCGAGCAGGAGUGUUCAUGGUGUUUGGACUUAGUGGAGUUGUGCCUGCUGUCCAUUAUGCCAUCUCUGAGGGUUGGUUCAAUGCUAUAUCACGAGCAUCUCUUGGUUGGCUUAUACUUAUGGGCUGUUUAUACAUCUUAGGAGCAAUGUUUUAUGCAUUGAGGGUCCCUGAGAGAUUCUUUCCAGGGAAAUGUGACAUAUGGUUUCAGAGCCAUCAGAUAUUCCAUGUGCUAGUGAUUGCAGCAGCUUUUGUUCAUUAUCACGGAAUAUCAGAAAUGGCUAUGUAUAGAAUGACUGUUGGUGAAUGCACUACUCAAAGUGCUGCAGUCAUGGCCUUCUGAUGUCAUCAUGUGGCUGGUAUUACUGCUACAGCACUGGGGAAACAUAAAACUCUUGUGAAAGUAACUCUGUAUGAUUAUGUACCAAGACAAACUAAACUACUUGAAUGACAUCAAAAUAGCGAACUGAAAUCGGUACUACUAGGUGUCUCAAUUUUUUCCAUCAUCUAGUAUUUUGAAUGGAAUGUAACAUUUCAGAAAAUGGAUCUCUCUAUGUUUUCAGUUAGAGAGGAACCUAGGUCCUGGCUCUUUCUAACAGAUCACCUUUUCAUCUGAGGAUGGAAACAGAUUCAAUUUCUGAAAUAUUGUGAUCCAUUUGGUAUACUGAUCAGUGGACAAAGUCCAGAAACCUAGUAAUAGUAAUUGUAAUAUUGUACACCAGUAUCAGAACCCUGUAAAGUGAUUGGUUAACGUAAUGAAAGAGACCAGAAAAUCUGUUAAAGGUAACAUGAUGCCAUCCAGUGUGAAAUUACGUGAAAGAAAGGUACCAAUGCCAAAGGUAUAACGGGAAAGCUUCAAGUGAACCAGUACUCAUGGGUUACUUUGACAUAAGAAAGCAACAUUUAGAUGUGGUUUGAAAUAUGAUGUGAGCAGAAAGUUAUAUUAUGAAUGAAAUUGUUUUCGUCGUAUUGUAAGGAAUUACUUUCAUGAGUGAUGUUCACAUCAACAAGAACUGAAUCUGUCUGUGUUAAUCUGUCAGACCUCACACAUCAGUUAGUACAUUCAGGUAGCUCUUUGUUGGGAAAUAUUGAAGUUACACAAAGAAGAAAUGAAAACAAACGAGGAAUUGAGUUCUUAAUAUAACUUGCAGAAGGUAGCUGAAUUAAAGUACAGUGUGUAAGGAUUUGGGUUAAAUUUAGUUUAGAUAAAUAUGUUGUUAUAUAUGGAUCUAAGAGAGGGAGGAAGUAACAGGAGGAUGGAGAAAUUACAUAAUGAGGAGCUUCAUAAUUUAUUCACUUCCAUCAGAUAGAAAUAAAUGAUCAAAUGAAGGAAGAUGAAAAUAAAUCAGAGGACAGGGGGGACAUGGGGAAGGUAAGUGUAAUAAACAAGUAUAGAACUUUAAUUACUUAAACAGUAAAAUAUGGUUAACUGAAGUGCUAGAGAAAAAAAUGAAGACUGAAUAAAAAUGCAGAAACAUUUUACCAUUUGGUUAGGGACAUGAGAAAUUUCUAUAAAGGGAGACAUAUGCCUGUUUGACUGUUAAUGUAUGGAGCAGAAACUGGAUGUGGACCAAGGCAGAUAUUAGUAGACUAAUAUCAACAGAUAUGAGAUAUUUAAGGAGUAUAGAAGGAGAAACCAAAAGAGAAAACAAAACAGAAAAGGAGAAUAUAAAGAUAAACAUCUUGGGUGGCAAAUUAACAAAUAAUGAUAACUGUAUGGAUGCACUUUAUGAAUUAAGAGAGAAUCCCACAGAAGAUUUCAAACAUGAGAGCAAAAUAAAAAUUCCAAAGAGGGAAACCAAGAUAUGUGGAAAUAUCUUAUGAAACAGAAGAUGAAGAUGCUAAACUAAAUUUGAUGAAGAACUAGAAACUCAAUUGCCAUUGAUUAUUGGGAUCUUAACAUGUAAAAGAAUUUUUUCUGAAUAAAUGAAAAUGAUGUUAUUGUUUUAA